AUGAAGAUAUUGCAACUAAAUUUUAACCAUUGUGAGGCUGCGCAUGAUUUGCUCAUGCAGACUGUGCGUGAAUUGAAGGUGGACUUAGCAAUAAUUUUGGAGCCUCAUAAACAUAUAGAUACGCAACCGUGGGAAAUGGAUAGCAGUGGAAAAGCAGUCAUCUGGUCCUGUGGCAAACUUCCUUUUCAGAAAGUAAUUAAAAACACUAAAACAGGUUUUGCUACAGCAAAAAUGGAAAAUGUCUACUUCUAUAGCUGUUACGCUUCACCCAGUCUUUCAUUUGAAGAAUUUGUAGACUUUCUUGAUCGACUAGCUCAAGAUGCAAAUCAAUACUCCUCCGUUGCUAUAGCUGGAGACUUCAAUGCUUGGGCGGUAGAUUGGGGUAGCAAAGAAACAAUUGCAAGAGGGAACGCACUGUUAGAAGCGAUGGCUACAUUGGAUGUAGUUCUGUUGAAUAAUGGAGAUAAACCUACUUUCAUUAGAGGAGAAAGAAACUCAGUGGUAGACCUUACUUUUGUUAGUAGUUGCCUUGUUAAAGGAAACUACUCCUGA